UUCAGUGCGGCUUAGACUUCAGCCGGACGAGGUCUGGCCUAUUGUGUCUUCGGUGUGUGUUACUGUAAGUACCAGCAUUAUUGACUGAAAUUGAUCGUAUUUUCGUGUCGUUUCGUCGUAUCACGUCGCACAUACAGCAACGACUAUAAACCCGAUAAUCAUACUACGCCGGCCUGCCGAUAAGCAACGAAUUUCGACUCUAGCGGAUCCAUUCGAAGUCAGUGAGCCUUGUGCAGUAACAGAAACCAACUCGUCCCGCAAUAGUGUUCUCCGAUCAAGACGAGUUCUCCGUCGAAACUGUUCGGUUCCGUGACAAGAAAAUAAAAAGAUAUAUUUUUUUUAACGAGCACAAAAAGCGCCAGUGUCAAUCUACAGUUCGAUAAAAGUUUCAUACGUGAGCACCUCUACAUUUAACGUACGCGUUUUUCAAGAAAGUCUGACAUUUCGUGUAUAACAAUUCUCUUGAACGGGCACGAGAGCAUUUCUAUGAGAGAUCGUUAAAUUUUUUUCUUAAAACCCCAGUGCACGGAUUCAGUGAACAGUGUUUUAAUUACAUUUUUCAAAAUGCAUUCCCUGCAAGCCAGAUUCGCAUUGAUGAAGUACAGAAAUGUGCUGCAAGUGUACAAAGUUUCAUCGAGAUGUUUCAGCACCGAUGUGGAGUACAAACCCAUCAGAAGCGUCCUCGUCGCGAAUCGAGGAGAGAUCGCCAUUCGCGUGUUUCGAGCAUGUACCGAGCUCGGUAUUCGUUCGGUGGCGAUUUAUUCGGAACAAGACAAGAUGCAAAUGCACAGGCAGAAAGCCGACGAGGGCUAUAUAGUCGGCCGAGGGCUGCCGCCUGUUCAGGCGUACUUAAACAUAGACGAAAUCAUCAAAAUCGCAAAAGAAAACGACGUUGAUGCCAUCCAUCCGGGUUACGGUUUCCUUUCUGAACGGUCGGAUUUCGCACAAGCAGUAAUCGAUGCUGGCAUCAGAUUCAUCGGUCCCAGUCCGAAAGUGGUUCAACAAAUGGGAGAUAAGGUCGCUGCAAGACAAGCCGCCAUAGAAGCUGAAGUGCCAAUUGUUCCGGGAACAGAUGGACCAGUGACCACAUCCGAUGAAGCAGUAGAAUUUUGUAUGAAACAUGGACUCCCGGUCAUUUUCAAAGCCGCUUACGGAGGAGGCGGUAGAGGAAUGAGGGUCGUGAAGCAGAUGGAAGAAGUACGAGAAAUGUUCGAUCGUGCGGUGUCAGAGGCGGCAGCCGCUUUCGGGAACGGAGCCAUGUUCAUUGAGAAGUUCAUCGAAAGACCAAGGCACAUCGAGGUUCAAUUGUUGGGAGAUAAAGCUGGCAAUGUUGUGCAUCUUUAUGAGCGCGAUUGUUCCGUGCAACGUCGUCAUCAAAAAGUCGUUGAGAUUGCGCCUGCACCGUGUCUGGACCCCAAAAUCAGGAAUAAAAUGACUGAUUAUGCUGUAAGAUUGGCGAAACACGUUGGUUACUCAAAUGCAGGCACUGUUGAGUUUUUGGCCGACGAAUCCGGACAUUUCUACUUCAUUGAAGUCAAUGCUAGGCUACAAGUCGAGCAUACAGUGACAGAAGAAAUUACUGGAAUCGACCUGGUGCAAUCUCAAAUCCGUAUUGCAGAGGGUAUCACGUUACCCGAGCUAGGAAUGACCCAGGAGAAGAUUCGUCCUGAUGGUUACGCUAUACAAUGUCGUGUAACCACAGAAGAUCCUGCGAAGAACUUCCAACCAGACACUGGAAGGAUCGAAGUGUUCCGUUCCGGAGAAGGUAUGGGCAUCCGAUUGGACAGUGCAUCUGCAUUCGCUGGAGCGAUAAUUUCGCCUUAUUAUGAUUCGCUUCUCGUCAAGGUAAUAGCCCAUGCAGGUGAUUUGCAGUCGUCUUGCGCGAAGUUGAACGUGUUGGAGAAUCAGAAGUUCCUCAAUGGAAACGUCGACACAUAUUUCAUCGACGAGAAUCCUCAGCUCUUCCAGUUCCAGCAGAGUCGGAACCGUGCGCAAAAAUUAUUGAACUAUUUAGGAUCUGUCCUCGUGAACGGACCCAGUACUCCACUCGCAACGGGCCUGAAACCGGUGGAAAUUAGGCCGCAACUUCCUCAGAUCGCUUUAGACUUUGCUAAGCUUGCAGCUGAUGGAGAGAACGGUCAUGCAGAUUCACCAG